AUGAAUAAGGGUGGACCUGGAGCAAGAAGACCUAAGACAGGCCCAAGAGGUUGGACAAUUAUUCAUCUCACAAACUAACAUAUUGAUUGAAGCCGAUGGACGUCGAAAGGAGCCAGGGAGCUACUUUCUGCAAUCUUAUCCGAAAACAUUUUCAUUUCAAACCGUAAAAUUACAAGCUGGCCUGGUGGAAAAAAUUCAGGGUGAUCCCCACAGGAAUUGAACAUAUGUACCUUCUACCUCUUAACUUUGAUGCACUUAAUACUCACUUAGCCAUGGAGCUCGAGACUGGAGUAUCUUUCAAUCAACAGGCUACAAACAUCACAUAUCUAUGUGUUUAAAAAAAGAAUGGUGAUUUUUAUCUAUUUAGAAUACAUGGACAAGUAAUAGUAUUUGUUUUAAUUUGCGUGUCAACAUCAGCUGCCUUUUCACGCCUUACAUAAAGUAUGUAUGAAAUAAAGUUUGAGAUGAAUACUGAGCACUUUCAUAUUUGAUUCUACAGGUCAUCCUCCACCAGGAGACUUCAUAGCCCUUGGUAAGACCUCUAGCUACUUUACUUAGCCAUUCUCCAAGGCUAUAGUAUUAUAGUUUCCUUUUAAAUUGCUAUGAGAAAAGUGUAGAUAACUCUUAAGAAAUAUAUAUAUUUCUUCCUAUAUUUGUUUCUGACAGGGAACAGAGGUUCCAGAACCUCAGAAAGUGAACUUAAGCCUCUACAGCCACUGAAACCUCUCCAGCCACUGAAACCAUCACAAGCUCUGCCUCCAAAGAAACCAGUUGGUUCGUCUGUGUCUGACAGGAAGAGAGAACCCUCUAGUAUUCUUACUCCCCUGGGUGGAGCUAAGAGGCCAAAGCUGUCAUCUCCCACAUAUCCUCCUCAUUCAUUUAAAGGAGGAGAUGGAGAGACCAGCAAGAGACCUGGAACUAGUGUCCAAUAUAUGUCGCAUGGGCAAGUUACACCCAUAGAAGGUAUAGUCCUCAUUUUUCUCUAUAUGAAUAGAUAAUAACAGAUAUUUCUGCCGGAUCAGUUUUCUAGAAUUAUGUGCAUAUUGCACCUUUUUAAAAUUUUAUUCUGGUCUUUAAGCUACACCCCAUAAGGUAUAGGAAACUUUAAGUCAGACUGAAAAAAAUUCAUGGCUACUCUGCAGAAUCUUUCAGCUAAGUUUUGUUAGCUUGAACCACAUGUACAGUAAAUGAAUGUUUUAUUCAGACCUGGAGAAUAUUCACUUGUUAGUUUACUCUCUUCUUCUGCAAUUACACGUACAGUGAACCCUUACUUUAACAUAAAUUUAUAUUCAUUUUGUUUAUUUUACUUACAGUGAGUGCAUUAGAGCUUGAAGAUCAGGUCCUUGAUGCAGACGCAAGUGGUAACAAAUCAAGAGUAGAUGCUCUUUUAUUAGGGGCCAUAAAGAAUCUAAAAUCAAACAAAGCCAAACCAGAUCAAUUGAUGAUCAUGAAUCUGAUGUAUCUGGCAAAGAGCAGGCCUGAAUAUUUUCUCUCCAAUAGAAUUGUCGAGGUGGGCGUGAUUGACUUGUUUCAGCCUUUUUAAGUAUUUAAUUGUGAAACUUUACUCUUGGUUCAAUAUUUCAUUUAUCUUCUUUUGUGAGUUGAUGUGAUGUAUCUAUGUCCAGACCACAUGUUACUUGAACAAUUUUUUGAAACAUUUAGCAAACCAUGACUUUGACAACCCUAUAAAUGCAUCAUGGUGCUGAUGCCUUUUUAAGGCUUAUACUAUUUUCAUGAUCUAGAUUUUCCACUGGCAUUCCAUUCUGAUUAAAAUGAGAGAUCUAUUUUAACCCUUAAACUCCCGGAAGUGAUCAACAUGUGACUUCUCCUUAUAAUAUCCAUACAAUAUCCAACAAACAGGUAACAAGAAUAAGAUAUCAGAUAGAAGUUUUUAUCUUGAUCUAACUCCAAAUGAUCAUAACUAAUUCAACUUGUUAAAGGGGAAAUUUUUUUUCUGGUCUCAGUAGGCACAACCAUACUUUAAUAAGCCCUCAUAGCAUGGGAAAAAUUUCAUUUAAAAUGAAUCGGGUAUUUCCACAUGAAAUUCAAAAUUUCAACAGCAUGUACUCCAAGGUACAACCAAAAUACUUUCUAUCGAAUAUGCAUAAUAAUAAUUGUGAAGUUAUGAUCGUGCUUAGUGAGACUAUAAAUGUAACUUAAGAUGGUGGUGUACUGUAGGCACUCACAAGCAUCUUAAAGCGUGAGGGUGGCUCCUUGAAUAUUAAACCAAACAAAGGAUCAAAUGCUUCAGUACCAAUGAUGGCAUGUAACAUCCUGCUUUAUGCCUUCCAAGAGGAAGAUGACUGGCCAGAGUCAUUUGUGAAAGUUUAUGUUGAAGAUGCUUUAGGAGACAGGGUCUGGGUCGACAAUGAAUAUUGCCGCAGUUUUGUUGAGAACAUAUGGACAGCAUUUGGGACUAGAACUGUGCCACGAACACUGUCACGGCAACAUAGUGAUCCCACUGGAAAGCAAAUGACAUCUGAACAGACUGCUGCUGGAGGGACAAAAGAUGAGGAAGAAGUUGUUGAGGAAAUGGAAACAUCAACAUCACUUGAAGAGGAUGAUAUUCCAGUUAUUUCAAGGUAAAAUGAAGAUUUUGACCUUCAGGAUUUUAUAGGAUCAAUCUUAAUCAAUAAUCUUGUGAAAUGAAAUGAUUGAUUUUAAUCAUUCUGAUUAAAAAUUUAUGUUCAUUUACAUUGUACAUUGUAAAUCUCAUGAUCUUGAUAUAUCUGUAGGUUUAUGUCACCAUCUGUCGAGCACAAUAUCCGCACAUACAUUCUAGAAUUAGUUCAAGAUCAGUUAACAAGACGGCAAACACUGGAUAGUGUCACACGUAACCUUCUAAAGCUGCUGACAGUAACUUGUGGCUACAAUCAUAUCCGAUUGUUGGUGUCUCAGAGGUUAGAGAUGUGGCUGCAGAAUCCCAAGGUAAAAAGUCUGGCUAUGCUUAAAUAUAUCUUUAUACCAGCAACAAAGAGUACUUAUACACAGAGAUACAUGUAUAUAGUAAAUACUUAAAAACUUUUUUCUGAAAAUCUGCAUUGUUGGGAACAUGGGGUUCCGAGGAAAGCUAUAAAUACAAUACAGUAUGACAAAAGUUGACAAAGUUCUCAUUGAAGUGUAUCACUAAUUUGGGCACCAAAUUACAUCCUUGCUUUUGCUUCAAAUGUUUGUGAAAACUGCUUAACCAUAUCUCUAUAGAAUUUAUUUCUAAUUUAUUGUUUUUAGGGUUCUUGGUAACAUUGUUUAUCAUUUGCACUAAAUUCAAUUAUGGUAUUGAUAUGUACAUGUAUCCUUCAGAAAUAACUUUGCUCCAUGCUCUUCCUCAGCCAUCUUAUCAUAGUAAGUGUGCCACUUACAGGGAAUAAGACAUACUAAGAGUAUUUUUUUUUUAACAUGUACAUGCUAAAAAAUCUUUAAGUUAGGGUGAUGAAACAGUCAGGUCAUUGAGAGGAGUGUGAAGUUGAAAGUUAGUGAUAAUAUGUAUGAAUAUUUGGUUCAACAAGAUGAUUUGCAAACAGCAUUUUAACUUCCAGCCAUUCUUAUUUAAUUGCAUUGUCUUCUUAAUUAUCAGUUAACUCGUCCAGCUCAAGAGCUGCUUAUGUCUCUUGCACUGAACUGUAACACACACAGUAACGAAGAUGUUGAAGUGAUAAGUAACUUGGUCAGAAUGAGACUGAAGACAAAACCACUGGCAAACCACUACAUUAACUGUAUCAAGUAUGUAGAUAUCCUUGCUGAUAUUCAGUAAAGUGUGCUUGAAUGCAGUGUAUGGAAGGCUGUGGCAGAGUUGUUUUAUAGGAGAUGCUAUCUGUGCCAUGCUUAAAAGACACAACUUGAUUUGAUAGAAUCAAGAUUCAAGUUUUUGGGAAUCAAGGAUUGAGGAGUCUCGUUUUUGAGCCUUAGUCACUCAUUUGUCAAUAUGUUUUAACUUUUGCAGUAUUUUCUCAACCCAGAUUUACCAAGAAACUGCUGUGUAAACCCUAUUUAAUGCAUAGGAGGAGCCAGGCUGGGGGAGGGGGGAGGGGAGGGGAGGAGAAGAGGGGGGGAGGUAAAGAGCUGGAGUAACUAGAGCAACACUGAACUAACAUCCCAUCCAGGGGCAUGGAAAAUAUUCUUACUCACUUGACCCUUUAACUCCCAAGCUCUCAUUAGUAAUUAUUCUCCUUACUGUUUGCCAUAUAGUUUUUGUGACGUUAAUUUGGAGAAUUUGGUAUUGGAUCAACUAAUAGUCCUCUAAUUAAGAUUUCUCUCUAUUCUCAUCACUCGUCUGCUUGAUGUUUAUUGACAUUUAUCGAUAUUUAUUGAUAUCACACUCCCAUGAGUUAACCCUUUAACUCAUGGGAGUUAAAGGGGGUAAUUCUAUAGAUUUAACACUAACAGCAGGCAAUCAUGAGCUCCUGUACGUAAUCACCUCUGACUGGCAGUACCCCAUUGUAAAUACCAACUUUGCCUUUUUUUUCUUGUAGAGAGUUAGCCAACCAGCAUACAGAGAAUUUACGAACAGUGUUGAAGCAUGUAAUAUACAAUGAACUGUCCAAUGCUCGCAAUCCUAACAACAUGGUUUUGCUUAGUACUCUGUUCCAGAGCAACCAAGAGAAGGCGGCAAAGGUCUGUAAUUUUUGUUUGUUCUGUUACUCUAUUAGCAGCACUCCUUUCAAUUUAAUAAAUUUGAAAAUUUUAUUUAGACCCUUUUGCAUUUUUUUUCAGUUGCUGGCUAUGGUGUUUCAAGACUUACUUACCAACAAGUAAGUGAAAUAAAUUAAGAAUGAAGUGUUUGUGAUGUGUACUUCUAGACUCAUCAACUGGUAAUCAUUGAUAAUAAUAAAAAAAAGAACUACUAGGCAGAACUGUGCAGCAGUUUGGAAAUGUGAUCGUCAUUAACACAGGCUUUGUCUAUACAGUCAUUAGUUCUUGUUUCAAUAUUAUUAUGUAUUGUUGACAGGAAAUAUCAUCAAUAUCAGGUUUUGAUUACUGACUGACUGCAUGAAACUGCAAUCAAACUUAAUCAACUGAACUCUAUAUCUUUGUCUGAUUUGAUGUUUUUGCCUCUAUUUCCAUCUACAGAGAAGAUUAUUUAAGAGCCUCACGGGCCUUGUUGAGAGAAGUUGUCAGAGCCCUCAGACAUGAUAUAGACUUUGUGGCAUUGUGUCGUGGAUUCAUGAAGGAAAGAACAGAGACUCAGUUCAGGGAUCUGGAUGCUGUCAUCAAGGUUUGGAAAUUUUAUAAAAGUUGUAGAAAAAAGUGCUCAUCUUGGCAAUGGAGUUGGGCUUGUACCAGUGAAUCAUUUGUAGAAGAGGCAUUGCUGCAUGAAUGUAUGAACUUGAUGUUAUAUUUUUUCUUCCAAGGAACGUAUGCUACUUUCCCUGGCAGAUCUUAUCACUAUGGCAACUUUUCUCAGUAUAACGCCCACUGUCAAGGAAUCAUUCAACAGUACAUCUGCACGAGGGGAAAAGAGAGGUCAAGUUUAAUUGUUUGUUCCUUGCUGCAAUAUUUUCAAGUGCAAUAAAACUUUGUAGCAGUGCUUAUUUUUACUGACUGUUGGUAGUAUGUUGUUAAUUUAUUGUAGAUGCAUCGGUACUUGAGGAGUUUCAAAAGUCUGUGUCCACAAUCCAGCGUGAUGCUGUUUGGUGGUUGCACAUUGUAGUCCCUAAAAUGUUCACUCCAAGUGGAAAGGAUUUCUUAUCAUGGUAAGGUGUACAUGUGUAUGUAUAAGUAAUGAAGAAUUUAAUAAAUACACCAGCAAAUAUAUAAUUCAUUAUGCUUAAAAUCUUUUCAAUCUCAGCAUAACUUUGUUGUGAUCAAUUAGUAACUGUACAUGCAUGGUGCAGCCAUUUUUUUUAAAUUUGCUUCUUUUCAUUUUCUAAUUUGAGUCAUUUUUUUCAAGCAUGAAUAAAGUGCUCUUCCUUGAUUCUGCUGAGAGCUACACUGGAAAAGACAACUGGCCUCCAGAGAAUGACAGAAGGUGAAAAUAUCUUCUAAGAAUAUCUACUAAAUAAUAUCUAUAGAACUUUUUAAAAAACAUUCAUAUAUAAAUGCUACAAGCUUGAGGUACAUGUAUCUGUUGUAUGAUAUGUAUUGAGUUGUUUCAAUCAGUCAUUUUUACUAAUUGAAACAACUUGGACUAUGAGCAUGAGUUAAUUUUUUUUCUUUUUUCCUGAAAGACCAGUGAGUCAAGGAUGGAAAGUUGUGAUUUGCUUAUGUUCAUUCAUUUCUAUCCAUUUAUUUUUGUAGUUUAGAAAGUGUGUUAGUUUGACUGUUAGUUCUUUGGUAUCUCACCAUCGGAAAAUAAAUGCAUAUUAACUAAAGGUGUUCCAUUUCUGUAUUUUCUCUAGUUUGUUGCUGAGUAUUGUCAGUGAAGUUCCUGUACAAGAAGAUACAUUGAUGAGGACCAUUAUCAUAGGCCUCUCUAACGAGCUGCCACUAACACCAACUGAGACCCUGGAGAUAGCAGAUUCAUUGGUCAGGAGAGUUGCAGCAAUCAAGCUGCCAUCUUCCUGGAUGCAAGGAUCACAGUCUGGUCUGUGGAGAUUCUGUGCUUAGUAGAGAUUCAUUCCUCUAAGUUUUUCCAUCCUUUGUGUGUAUUCUUUCUUAGUGUACCUUUAGCUAAAUGAUAUUGUCAGUUUGAGGUCAACAAUUUAACAAUUGGUUGAUAUUUCACUAUCAGGAGACACAUCUCUAUCUGUGAAUCGUGUGGAGCUCUUGGAUGCUGUUCUUAAUCUUUGUGCUUAUCACCAUCCAAAGGACAUCAUUCUUCCCUCAGGGUAUGUUCAAGCUGAAUGAAUAAAGGGAGUGAGUUUCUAAAGAAAAUGUGGUGCUGCAUCAGUGGUAGAGUACAACAGGGCAGUUUAGUAUCAUCAAUUGAGUUGAUAGUUGUAUCAUCGAUUGAGUGGAUAGUUGGCCACUGCAAAGAGGUUAAAGGCUGACAUUCAAGCUUUCGCCCUUCAUCAGAGCUCUGACAAAGGGCUAAUGAAAGGUCAGCUUUUAAACUCUUCACAGUGGCCAAUUUAUGUUAUUGGAUUAAUAUCAGUAUCUGGGCAACUGCCCACCUACCCCUCCCCUAACCCAACAACAGUCUAUUGAUAACAACUCAGGGUUAAUGUUGGGUUAGGGGAGGGGUAGGCGGGCAGUUGCCUAGAUACUGAUAUUGAUCCAUGUUAUCAACUCAGUUGAUAACAAUAAAUUACCUUAUGUACAAACUAAGCCUAGAUUUGCCAUACAUUUGUUAGUUUGUGUACAUGUAAAGGUUAUCUUUUGAACUGUAAAUAUUAUGAGGUCAAUUUGCUUUUCAAAUAAGUCAAUUGUCUCGCCAAUUUUAUAGAUAUGCUGCUCCAAAAUUAGCAAUUGCUAAUCUCUACUGGAAAGCUUGGAUCUUACUUGCCAUAGUAGCUUCUCUCAAUCCAUCUUCAAUAGGUAAGCUAAUAAAUGGUAAGGUAAAUGGUACAUGUGGUUCAGCUUUAUUUAGUCUGUUAAAAGAAAGAAAACACAGAGAAAGCAUCAUGUGAAAAAUAUAUAUUGUGUGAUACUUAAAAAGAUACUACAGCAUAAACAUAAUCCCUAGGAAUAUAAUUUGUGUUACUUUUAUUGUUGGUUUCAUAGGGGCAUAGGUCAGAGCAUUUUGCAACUGUAUUUCAAAGUAUUAUGGGUGGUCUCCCUUGUUUUAAGCAUGAAAGGUCAAAUAAAUUUUCAAACCAAUUGAACAACCCUUUAAGUUGUCUAAUUUUCAAGAAUUCCAAGCAAUUCCAAUUUUUAGGCAGUUAAGGAGGUACUACAUGUGGUAAAUUUUACUGUUUACAACCUGAAAAGGAGAACACUGAGUAUUAAUGAAUCUCAUUUAUUUUAAAUCAGUCAAAUUACCUAAAGAUUAAUGGUUCUUAUCAAGCUAUUUUUCUUAUCAAGCUAUUUUGUUUUUCAUGAAGGUCAAUCUGGAUGGGAUAACUUCCCGAUGCUCAAAUGCCUGAUGGAAAUAUUGAUGACAAAGUAAGUAAACCAACAUUUAAUCCUCUAACUCCCACAGGUGACUAAAAAGCAAAUUCUCCUUUCCUUUUCAACACAUUUUCAAGCAGAAGGGUGAUGAGAAGGAAGAAAAAUAUCAAUGAAAGGAUUUUGUUUGAUUGAGCACGGAAUUCCCAAAGCAAAAAUCAAGAGUAAUGUAAUAGAGACAGUGCAGAGAAUUUAUGUUUUGAUCUAGGGAGUGAAAAAGUUACAUGAAAACUCUUCUAAAUAGCUCAUAUUUGCGUAUAGAGUUGUACAAUGUACAAUAUUGUUAAUUUUUUUGCUCGGUAGCAACUUUGCAUUUCCACCACCAACUGCUGCUCUGACAAGCGAAGAGAAGGAUGAGAUUCUCUCUCAAGAACUUCAGGUAUUACCUUGAGAACUUGCCAUAAUAACAUUUCAUCAUCAGAUCUAGCAAUUAUUUUGAUUUACUCUCAAAAUUAAACCUGAUGCAACAAGGAUUUAAAGCCAACCACUUGAUCUGGGUUAAAGUUUAUUCUUCCUUUUACAUAAGCUACGGAAGAAACACUACUGUACAAUUUCCGUCUAUCAAACGAUUGUGAGGUUUAACACCAUGCAAUUCUGGAAGGAUGGGGUUGGACGGGUGGGGGUUAGGGGCGAGGGGGGAUAGUGAGGAGGUAACUAUCAACAGAUUUGCGUUCCAGUUAGGGCGAGUAACCUUAGUGCAAUUGGCUUCAUUCUAUAGAAGCAGACCAGGGUCAUGGAGGCUAUAACCUAUAAAGUAAUACACUGCAUUUCUGUUUCUGUAUUUGUAGCUGGCACAGGCAGAGAAAGAGGAAAUCCUAUUGUUUGAGUCGCACUUGGCUGCAGCCACAACUAAAGUGGCCAUUACGGAAAGUAACAGCCUGUUACUGAGUCAGCUGAUCAGCAUGGACCCUGUGUAAGUACAAGUCAAUCUUUUCUUUCAGAGGAAUAACACUUAGAAAACGGCUUCACAAAACCGGCAAUAGAGAAUUACAAGCAAACAAAAACGGUUAAACUUCUCAAUUUUGAAGAGUGAGGGUUUUGUUUUUUCUAUCUUCAGAGGACCUGCUCGACGUCCCCCGCAGAGUGUCAUUGACCAGCUAAAAGCAACAAACAAGAGUCUCAAACUUGGUCAGAUGUUAUGCCGCAGUCGCUCGCCUGAUUUUUUGUUGGAAAUCAUCCAAAGACAGGUUAGACAGUGAAAUCCAUUUUUGUGCGGUCGAAUUGCGCAUUAAGCAUUAUUUACUCUUUACCUUACUCACCAAAAGCUACUUUUUGCGCCUCAUUCCUAGACCUCCGCGCAGCGUGCUAACAUCAGUUUAUGAUUAUUUUUACACUCGCGACGGACGUCGCCGAAAAGGAGGGACUACUCGUAAUCUAGUAGAAUAUGGCCAGACUUCUUGAUCAAAGGUCUGGAAAAUAUCGAAAAAGUUCUUGAAAAGGUCAUCCAAAGUCAUGGAAUUUUAUGACAACUAAAAGAUACAAACCUAGACAAUAUUUUACGUGUUAUGCUUGUGUUAUUUCAGGGUGCAUCACAGAGCAUGCCAUGGCUGGCAGAGCUUGUUCAAUCCUCAGAGGGUUCACUGGAUGUCCUUCCAGUUCAAUGUCUGUGUGAAUUUUUGCUCCUGGAAAAAACAGGCGAGAACAACAAAGAACAAGAUGAAGGUUCUAGCAAAGAAGUGCAAGAUAAGAGAGUUGUAAGUAGCCAGCGCAACAUGUUGUGUUUCGAUAAUUUACAGGCACACACAACUGCAGCACUAAACAUUUACAACCUGACAUAUGGGGUUUAUUAAGUGAAAAUAAUAGACAUUUCAUGAAAGCUACCAGUGAUCAAAGCCCUUACGGUUGGGAUGGAAAAAAUUGCAUGAAUCUCGUUGUUUUUAGUUGUUUAAGUUCUUUUCCGCUGAGCUGCUGUAUGUUGGGUUUUUUGUUUCAGGAUAUACAGCGUCACGUCUUAGGACGUCUAAGAUCACUAUUGUUUGGUUCUGAAGCUGAUGCCGACUCCACAGGAGAAGUUUUGGAAUAUUUCAUGCGAAGAUUGUCAUCUGUACAAACAGCAGAAAGAGAUUCAGCAGUUAAGGUAGAAUAUCCAUUACUUUGUGAGACACAAACUGAAGCGAAGUUUCUUUGAUUUAUAAAUUGUACAAUGAACCAAUGGUGCGAGUGUUCUGCAUGGUUAGGCAAGCCAUUUUCAACGGCAAGAGAACCUUUAGAACGGAUUAUCAGGUAUUGCGGUAACAUACUGUUGUAACGUUGUUUGAACCAUUAAUUUAGGGCUUGGAGCUAGUUCUAUCCCAAGAUUCAAUUAAAGUGGGAGAUCACGUGACUGUGGUGUGUGAGGAGGAGUUGGAGGGUGAUGCCAUGAUUACCACCAUGGAAGAAUUGUUCUCGCCGCCAUUUCCUACAGCCAGCACAAUGACCAAGACUUACAAAUGGCUGUUGGUGAAUUUACCCAGUCUGCCGCACUUUGAAACUGUCAGAGCCACCUGCUGUUUUGCUUUGAGACAGGUAAGCUAUAAAGAAUAUUAUUCUUCAGCCUAAGAGGGGAACAUUGCAACUUUUUUUUAACGAUAUCAGUCAUUGAAUGUAUGCCAUAUUGAGGAGGGAUGCGCUCAUCCAUGUAAAUACCUACUAGCGCUAUCUUAUGAUCGGCUCUGUUUGUCGGGUCAAACACAUUUCAGGCUUUCCCGCCUUUUACUUUUAUGAAGUAAGAACUGUAUUUUCAGCCCUGAUUUGUAAAACUAUUUCGUCCCCAUUAAAAGGGAAACACUCGCAAUAUAUUUAGAAAAUGUUGUGACUGUAAAAUUAUUUCUAAUAAGACGACUUGUAGAUGGAGUAGAUGAUGAGAAGUGUAACACAUGAUUCUGCCCUCACUAGUCAUGUCAAGUUGAGAUUAUCUCUGAGAGAACAAAAGCAUAUCUGAUGUUCCUGGCCGAGCAUUGCACUGACAAUGGCGAGGAAGAAUUCUUAGCCACAGUUAUUGUGAGUACUUUGUUAUUUUAAACAUGUCGUUGAAUUUUCCUGGUCUGUUUUAUUUCUCAUGUUAUCUUGUUCUUGUUGAAUCACAUAGUCACUAUAAUACUGUUGCGUCCCCACUUAAGUUUUGUCUUUCUUCCAAGCACUAUCAGGUUUCUCUUGACUGUAGAGGUAGAAAAAUAUGUCCAAAAUCCACUUUCUUUAAACAGGGAGAAUUGUUGGAGACGAAAAUUGCUAUCGAAUAUGGUUGACGAGGAGACAUGUCAAGGGAUUUGUGAAUGGUUGUAGAAGGGAAAUUCAAAAUUUGAUUCCAGGAAGUUUCGCUUGAUAAGUCACGGUGGUCUUUUCUAAAGUGAACAAAGAGCAAGAUUUUCAUAUUAAGCGCGCUUACCAAGGAAAACCUGCUUCUUAACAGUUGAUAAUGAAAAUAUUGUGUCCUUUGCCUUUGAAUUCAGGACAUUGCACAGCUGAUAAUCGAGCGGCCGACCAUCAUGACUCCAGUACUCGGAGAAGGCCGCACUGGACAAGAAACUUACCAAGCACUAUUGAGGCUGUAUACCAUUGCCUUACAACAAGCCAUUGAUAUGCAAGAAGGGAGCUUCUCUUGGGUAAGCUAACAAGCUUGAACAAGGUUAGCCUUUAAAGUCAAGUUAUUUCUAAACACGAGCCGAGUAGCUCUGUCUGCCUGAAGUUAUCUCAUUUUUCGUAGCAUUAGGUGACUACUUGUAAAAACUGCACCUGUAUGGGAUGCUAGUCCUCGAGAGAGCUUCAUAAUUGUAGUCGUAAACUGCCUACUAUAUAAGAUGUCAUUUGAUGGGAAUGAAAUUAAAAUUUUGGUUUACGGUUUGUAUUUUUGCAGCAGGAAACACAAGACCAGUUGUUUGUGCAGUGGUCCAAGGACACAGAGUAUUCUGGGAAGGCAGCCACUCUACACGUGUUGGUAAUCCAUGCUAUGAUUGUGUUACUGACCUAUGGAGAACCCCAAGGUUAGUCAACAAAUGAUUCUCUUGAUGCGGACAGAUUUACUUUAGAGUUAUUCUUAUAACAAAAAAAUAUUUCGCGCUUUUUGAUCUAGAGACUUUAAGGCUAGAUAAAGUCGUUAGCCUCAAAGACCUCUAACUUUCAAUUACCUUCCUUCACUGAGGAUGAUAAUUUGGUGUCGAAGUGUUAAGGUUAUCUCGACAAUUUUCAACUACAGUAAAGACAGGGGAGUAGACUUAUAUUCCUUCUAGAAAUGCUAGUUAUUGCGAUGCAAUACGUUCAGUUUAUACAAGGAACAACAUUAUGGUUUGUGCAUCUUGAAAAUUUAGCCAAUUUGUUUUCGUUUUCAAGGGUCGUGUUAACUUUUUGCCAUCUUUUAUCAUCCGUGAACCUUUUUCGGCUUAUUAUUAUUAUAUUUUUUAAAACUAUGAUUUUGACGUUAUCCUACAUUAAAGGCAUGUUUCUACGUUGCCAAAAGGUAUUUUAACACAAUUGAGUCAACGGUCGAAGUUUUUGUCCCUUCAGGAGAUGUAAGUCUGUACACGACUUUACUGAAUGCCUGGUGCCCUGAAUAUGGACAGGUCAAGGUCUAUCUGACAGACACGGGCGAGGAGGCCAUUCUGCUGCAAGAGUGGCUCAGACUGCGCAUGAUCAGGUCCCAGGUCUCCAGAGUGGUCGAUGCCGGUAAGCAUUGUCAAUCAUGACAGGGAGCCCUAGUCACGUGAUACAGCAAGAAACCCUGAACCUUCGUUAUGUCCUUGAGUGAUCCGCAUGUAACCACUCCUGACAAUAUCAAUUAGAUAAGUUUCAACUAAACAAGUGGUCUUAAAUGAUAAAAUUAACACCUGGGGGGGGGAAGAGGGUGAUGUCGUCAGAAAGACCAAAUUCUGUGGACUAAUUCAUGAGAAAAUGUCGAUCGUGAAUCCCAAAUUCUGGUCCUUUUUCAGGCAUUUGUUGUGAUAGUCUUUUUUCUUUGCAAUUUCUCAGCUUUAAGUGAGUUGGUGCCAUCGCAGCUUGUGCUGUUUGCUCAGUCGUUUGGAAUCCCAGUCAGUAGCAUGAGGUGAGAAACACAAACACGCGCUACGCUCUGAGGGCUGUAAAGAAUUUAUAAACCAUUCAACGGGUCUUACAACAGCCUUUUCCAGUUCCAUGAUGUAUUACAUGUGGUCAGAAAUGGUCAAAUGACCCUAAGUAAGGCAAGAAAAAGUUAUACCAUAUCCUAUCGUAUGAUUCGGACCGAGACCCUGACACGCCAUACAAGACACGCUUCAAAAAAUUAACUAUUAACAAUUAAAAGUAAAAGCAAAACUAUUGAUUGAGAAAAAAGACAAUCUAUACCAGGAGCCCAUUAGUAAUGGGCUCAUGUCUAUACUUAAAUUUGCUGGCAACCUAAAGGAAAUAUAAACAAAAAUUUCUCAAGAAUAUGCAUGACAUUCUUUGUCCUGGUGUUCCUCAACUUUCUUUUUCUCACCCAUUUUACAUUUUAGCAAGCUUCUUCAACAGCUGGACAAGGCGACUGAGGAGGAUCCUGUCGGUAUAGAAGAAGCUGUGCUGGAUAAAGGUUUGAAUUACCAACUUUCUAUUUUCAUGUUAAUUUUUUCUACCUUAUGCAUGUCCAAUUAAUGCCGACUUUGUUCCCGGUACCUUUGUUUCAAAGCCUUGUGUCGUAUUUAAUGAACUGUACACGUGUUGUGAUUGGUCCGCAAGUACCAAUGAUCUCCCAGAGAACAGAAGUUUACGAUGUCUUCUUUGGUUAUUUGUUUGUUGUAGAACGCAAAGCCAUUGAAUUUCAUGUUUUGGUGCGUUCACAAGUAGAUCACAAAAGAAAUAAAAUACGGACGGCAGAAAAAUCAGUGACACACUUGCUUAUCGCCAUUGUGCCACGUUUUUCUUCGAAAUUAAUACAAUAAGUCAUUAUGGAUCCGAACAGAAGGUUGAGAAUUACAUGGAAUCUUUCAGAUAGUUAUUGAACUCAUUAUGUCAAAAGACUUCGACUAUCCUUAUGGACGUUCAAACGCUCUACUAACAGUGUAUCUUACCCUACCAGGUUAUAUGGUGCAGCUUGUUGAGGUUCAACAACUUCGUGGAGCUAAAGGUGGGGAUUUGUUUUGCUGUUUGCUGACCGGAGAAACACCAGAAAAGAAAGACAGUAAGUAUUUAUUUAUUUUUAUCAAGUAGCUGCCUUAUUGAGCUCUGUUUUACACUAAUAUCUUUUUCUUAAGGCUUCUUUUCUUAAGAUAUCACCAACAUGUUUUUCCUGAUUAAGUCGCAUUUCUCGAAAAAAAUUUUGAUCAAGGAGAGUUUUUAAGGGAAACUUGCCAAUGACUGAAUUUGCUAGUGCAGUUGACUUGACAUAAAUAUGACAAGGGAAUUGUGACGGGUGUCAUGGAAAUUCUACGGAAGUAAGUUCUCGAACCGACGUGGUUUAAAAGAAUUUUUUACUACAGCAUAUUAGUAGUGAACCACUUCUCCUUCAGAAAGAAAAAUGAUGGUGAAAUGUGGGUUCACUGAACUUUACUUUCCCCUAUCUUCCCUCCCGGUCAUUGCUACCUUUUAACCUUAUCAUUUUGCACUCACAGACAGUAAUUUGGCAGCGCUCGAUGGAGGAAUCACUCCAUUACCGUUGGCUGCUCUGCCAGAGAUACCACGCGCUAAAGAUGAAGACAUGAGGUUUGAUGAUACAUCUUUUACUCCGCAUGAAAGCUUUAAGGAAAUAUUGCAGUUUGUUUUCCGCAACUGGUAACGAAUAUCGAAGCGGGUCUUCGAAUAAUUGUUUUAUCAGUAGAGAUAUGCCACACCUCUGAUAACUCUUUGGUAUUUGUUCCUAGUAGCGACGAAUCUUUUACCAACAAGCAGAUUGCAGAUGAGGUGUUCAAGGUAAGAAUAACAGAAAGCCAUUGCAUUUUCAGGCAACGAUGAAAAACAUUUGUACUAAAAUACAUGCAAAACUCGGUUUUUUUUUUCUUCAAAUUUUUUUUAGUUUUUUCUGUCACCCGAGGACGAAAGUUCAAAAGAACAUUACAGCAUUGAAACUCGUGUUAAAAAGGUAAGAAAGUUUUCUCUGCUCGGACAACAAGGGAGUGUCUCUAUGGUGUGUAUUUGUCAUCAUUGUCACCCUGAAUCUAUGCUUGGCAGGAAUUUCGUCUACUUGUUACCUAAAAAAAUUACAGGCAAUCAGAAAGCAAUUUUCAGCAAAUGGACCACAUCAAAGAAACAAGCGUGCAAAACUGCCUAAGUCAACCGAGGACUUUGAUAAAGUUACAACAUUUUUAAAUUGUUGAAAUUGAUACAGUUGUGAGGAAAAAGGUUGUAUUCCUUUCUUAAAACAUAGUUCCAGGUUAAGAGUAAACCUCUCCUAAGUUUUUGGAUAAUUAUUUCUUCCUCCCUCAGAUACUGACCAAAGAUCUGAUUAACUCAAACCGAGGGGAAAUUCCAGAGGACUCACUCGCGGAACAAAUCAUGCACAAGUUUAUCGCAGUAAUAAUAUUUUCAAUUUUUGUCCAAUUUUUGUCAUCUUUGACCCAUUUUUAAUCAGUUGAUAAGUGUCUUUAGAUUCCUUACCUGUCGUAUUUGGAUAAUAAAUCAUUCCAACCACCCUUUUCUUCAAUUUGAGCCCGAACGACGACUUGGCGUACAUUUUCUCCUUACUGUGUGUCUGUUGUGUGAGGUUUCCCGUUUUCUCCCCCAACUCCCUUUAAUGUGCAUACGAGUAGUCUUUUUCCCUUGAAUUCUCGUGUUCUCUUACGCUCUUUGUAACUUGCAUAAAAACUCUUUAUCUAUUUCAAAAUUGUGUUACUAUGCAUACCUGCGUCGAAAAAUGUUUUUAGAUGGGAAGAAGCUGUGUUUCUUAUACUGACCUGUGUACUCUUUUGUAGGUUUUGGAUUCUGAUGAUAGCCAGAGAUUACUGGAUGGGAUGUUGAACAAGACAGCUCUAUCUUGUUCCAUUCUAAGGCUUUUAAGAUCUAGACAGGUUUGUAAUCUUUCCGCUACAGCUCCUCGCAUCUGUCUAUAUUCUUAUUACUGAUAGUUACCUUUUGAUGUCUUCCAGAUGGCAUUGACAAGGAAAGGAAUUCAUUGUGGUUUUUUUGACACCAUCAGUAAAUUGUCGCGCCACAGUCUUACAGGUUAGUCAGUAUGAUUGGCAGCUAUUUAAGGCAAAUUUCUCAAUUCUGAUUGGUUAUUCGCGCGUCUUCUUUUCACGAUGUGGGCGCAAUUAACGUUGGUUUCUAAUUACAGUUUUUUUGUGAUUGAUUGGAUGUUUUUGUUAUGGACACCUGUGUACGUCGAUUGCGUGCACUCAAUUGGGUUCUGAGUAAUUUUUGUUAACAGACCGUUUGGCACCUGGUUUAGAAAAUAACACUGACGUUUUCCAAUUAGAGAAGUCCAAAGAAUUCUUAACCUCAAAGUAUUUAAUUUUUUGUUGAAACAAUUGGCUAGCGAUUGGUGUUCUUGUUGUGGGGUAGUCGUACUGACUAGUGAUUUUAAUUUAUCCUCGCUCUUAAUUUGUACUUGAUCUUAUAAGUUAUUCAUACUUACUACUUGAGUUAUUGAUUUGAAAUAAAUGUACGAUCAACCAAUUAGUUGAACGAAUUUUGCUCUGGCCAAUCACGACAAGGCGAAUCAUCUAAUCAGCCAAUCAGAAGUUAAAAUAAAACAUAAUCAGCGUCGAGCGCGUGAAAACUGUAACAGUGCAGGAGGGAAGUGUUAGAUGUAUAACUACAUGAGUUGUGUUGGAAAACAGAAAUAAAUGAAACUUAAACAGGACUUAUUCUUUUUUCCUUUUUUAGAUGGGCCACUAAGUGCUGCUGUUUCACAGUACAAGAAACAAUUAGGAAUUAAAGAACAGUCACAACCAUGUAAGAACAGAGCUUUCCACUUUGUUAUUACCAACUUUUGUGGGAGCAGCUUGGCAUCCACUCUCAAACAUUUAGUGAUAAGCGGGACGUUUGCAUGUGCAUGUUAGAGAUUUACAGGGUUUCAACUGAUGAUGAUGUUGCCAAAAGAAGAAAAAUACAUUCAAGAAAUUUUAAUUCUGGGGGUUUCUUUUUCUUUCAAUACUCAGCGAAAACAACGCGCAUGGUUGCCCAUAUUUCCUUAACUAAAAUCAUUAGGCAGAUAAGGCUAUAGUCAAAGAAACUUUUCGUGAUCUCAUUGGCUCAUUUCUUUUUUUUUCUCUUCCUCUUACCCGUAUUUUAGCUGGAAAUGUCCUCGAACAAAUUGCGUCAAAUGCAAAGGCUGAUUAUGCUUCUCUGGUCAAAAAGUUUCUGUCCGCAUGUAAACAUCGCAUGGUGAAGCCAGAUUCUAUCAAUGAAGAGAUGGCAGUCAAAGGUUAGAGCUGCUAAUAAACUUUGUGAUAUCCUUUAAGUAGUUGACUUAUGUUAAGUCAUAUUGAAAUGGUCAUUAGAGUUAGUCUUGAAUUGCCUGUUUUCUUUUUGUUUGGCAAAGAUAAGCUGGCAAAUUUGCAUAUUUUGAAACCUUUUCUCUUCAAUCUAGCUUGUUUGAAACUUAAAGAAGCGAACUCUCCGCUCUACGAGGAUUUCAUUAAGGCCAUCACCAAAACGCUUAUUUCAAGUAGAAUUCAGAAAGAUUCUGAUUCGAAUACGGCGGUAUGGACACCGCAGCAGUCUCUACCCUUGAAGACAUGCUCAAAAAUCCUCGUCAAGCUUCUUGAAGAGUCCGAUGGAACAGACUCGUCCCGUGACCAUUUGUCUAACGGGCUGUUAGUGGACUGGUACGAGAUAGUGGAUCCGGAAAUUGUCCACGUUCACCCUCUGUUGCAGCGGCAGCUUCUGUUCCAGGACAGAGAGAGCAUUCCCAGCGGGGACAGGUCGCUGACUGGUCACGAGGAGCGCUCGCCAUCCAAAUAUCUCUUGAGUUUGCUAGCGCAUCAGGCAUGCUGGGAAACUUUGCAGGACUGCUUGGAUUGGCUACUGGGUCAAAAUGACAGAGGAAACAGGUAUGAACUGGAAAAUCAGGAAAGCGCUCGAAGUUGUCUGAAAACCAAGAGUAGGAAUAACAAGCUAGUAAGUGAAUCAUGUUAUCCGGCGAAUGAUUCGUUAGGGAGAUUAGAAUGUAACGAUGUUGUUGCUUAUCGUGAGCGAAUGUACCUUUUCACUGAACAAAUCGGUUUGUUUAUUUUAAGGCUAAAUCCAACAACUGCUUUGGAUUUUGUGUGGACCUGCUUCCAUUGUCCUCGACUUUGGCAAGGCAGAGAUCAAAAGUCUACCGCUGUGGGCAGUCAAGGAACCAAUUCUGUAAGAGAACAUUUUUGUUAAAGCUCAUUGUAAAGCCUUGGGAAUGUGGCAUCUCCUGCUGUUAGUUGUCACCUUCAACAUUGCCGUUUUCGUUUAUUAUUUGUCAUAUCUUUUCUUUAUGAUUGUUUCCACAGGCGGUUUUUGAAAAGCCAGUCCUUGAUUUGAGCCCAGCCCAGGUCUCCUCGCUUACGGGUUUCAUUUUGUCCGAGCUUUCUUCUUGCGUUGAGGAAUGGUGCGAAAGAAAAGGUACGCCCUAACAUUUAUCACAAAACCCGCAAAGCUAAAAAAAUAUUAUUUUUUCGCGUAACUUUGCUUUUCUCUCGCCAAGGUCCCAGGUACAAGCGUUUCCUUGAAGAAAUAAAAGAUGGAAACCAGGUUAUGUCGGAAGAAAUCAGGUAAGAUGAGGAGUGAAGGAAUUUUUCAGAUCAACUCACUACUUCUCCCCACUCUGAAAACAAGCUGUAAGGAGAUUUUACAUGAAUAUCACGCAUUUAUCGCUUGUCAAGGACAAGACCUCCAAAAAGUGACAUUCCCAAACUGAGAAAACAACUGAAGUUGAGAUGGUACCGCCCUAACAAGUCUCGAUGUGUUUUGCAGUAAGUAUGUUGAACACUGAGUACACUGGUUUCAAUCUUUCAGGGAGGAAGUUGAGCAAUUUGCAGCGAAAGUGUUAGGGAGUAGACUUCAGUUGAUCACACUCUGUUGCCAUGGUGAUAAGAAGAAGUUUCAAUCUGCGGUCAGUUGUGCUUUGAACAGUUCCAGGUAAAAGAAAUACAUAUUUUAUAAGAGUGAAAAGUUGGGCAGUGAUUGUAGGCGAGAUUACACACAUUUGUUGUAUAAAUCAGGAAAAUUAUCACAGUUUUGCAACGUUUCACAAGGUUUGGAUUGUUGCAUCGGUUUAUUAAUCCACCAAUAAUUCCUUAAUCUUUAAUACCAUAGUAUGGUGAAAUGCAUUAACGUAAAAACAUCAGCAACUUAAAGGAAAUGUCAAAGGUUAAAUUUUUCCUAGGUUUGAAAAUUUCGAAAAUGUCUAAUUAUAUGUUUUAUUUCAAUUUGUCACUAAAGGAAACAAGAAUUGAACCUGUUUAAAAAAUUAUUGAACCAAAGAAAAAAUUGAACCCGAAUGUCAGCAAUCAUUUUAUGAUGUACAUCUAGAAAGUUAGGGGUAAAACCUUAUUUCAUCGAACCUACGACCAAAUUUCAAACGUUAUCCAAUUGUUUUUCUGUUUUUUCAUGUAAUAGAUGGUCGAAAUGGUUCACAGGUCAGUUUUUGGUUCAACUUUACCUCGCUCAGCCAAGGGUGAUGAGACAUGUCAAGAAUUUCCGGUCCUUGACAACUUCCGGUGUCGUUAGUCAGUCACGCUAUUGUCAGGUAUGUAACGCUUCUCUUUUGUCAUGUGAUCGUUUUAUAUUGCCUUCUACUUCAAGUACCUUUUUUUAAUAGUUGGAUGUCCUGUGCCACCGUGUGUUGUCGAGUCUGGCUGAAUCGAAGCCUGGUAAGGAGUACGAAGACAGAGCUUACAACUCAAGUCUACUAUUGAAGAAACUGGCUUGUGAACAUCCCAUGCUUUUACUAAGGUACAUUCUUACGAUACUGGAGCGCGAACAGUUGUCGUUGUGCGGUUUAUCUAUUUCAAACGCAGUGUUUUCAUAAAAUAAGGUGCUUCGAGAGAAUGACGCGAGUUUUCGUGCAGACCGAUCACGGAGCAGAGCGAAGCAGAACUUUUGGGAUUGGGGAUUACUUUCUAAUUUAAAUGGAAAGCGUGAAGCGAGAAGCCACCUUCGAAUAAUGAUAAACUCCCUGAUGGUUCAAUUUCAACUGGUUGCUGUGCCAUUUUGUUUGUAUCCAGUUAUCCUCCGGGGAGGACAAAGUAAUUUCGUGAAUAGUAUCCCAUGCUGAAACACAGCAUACCAGGAUGGAACUCAAACUAAUCAAUCGAUCCAGGUUCCUACGAAUUAUUAAUCAGGCCACGUGACCGUAGAUACUAUCAGGAGUUAAACAGUUCUUUUCCUUAUCUUUUAUAAGGCAUCUGCCCAUGAUUGCGGCACAGCUCAGAGGCCGUGUGCAUCUAAAGCAUAAGGAGUUUAUCAAUCAGCAACAUCUCCUCGUCUUCUCACACAUCUUGGGAGUUCUGGAUCUUCUAAGACCGCAUAUCUUCAGAUAUGACAAGGUUUGAAACUCACAACAUACCUCUUUGUAUCUGAGCAGUUAGAUUUAAAGGCCGGCCAUACGAGAUGACGAGUCACCGCGGAUCAUUUUAUAGUUACCUUUCCCUCAUUGUAUAAAUUGAAACCCGUUUUUUACCCGUCUGCAGGGUAAAGUGGUUUUCACAAAACUCAUCUUUGCACGGGUAGCGAAUUUCCUCUGACUGGAACUUUCUGUUGCAUUGUUCCGUUGCAUUGUAUUUCGAUAAUGGAGCAAACUACUGUUUGAUUCGAUAUAACAUCUUGGAAAAAAUUUCGCCGAGCACCUAGCUGUCGUAUUAUUAGUGCUGCCUUCAGUGUUCUUGUGGUACCUCUUAUAGAGAAAAUGUAGUAAGGUGUAAGAAUGAUAGUUUUUUCUUCAGACUUCAACAUGCGAACCCAGACGAUAAACGGAAAAUUACCCACGAGCACUUACCCAGGUUAACAUUAUGUUCUCCACUUACAGACUAGUUAAGCCUUGAUCGCUUUUCGCCUGGAGUUUAAAUGCUGUCACUGUUAGACGCAUUAGUCAAACAGCUUAAGUCACAAAGCUCUCUCAAGAGUGCGGUUUUCAACUACAAAACAUCUUUUUCGUUAUUUUUUUUUACACAGCUCAUUCAAGAAGGCUUGAGGGACACCUUACAAGCGUACUUUGGCCUUAUUCAGGUAUGAGUGAAGAAUGUUUUGUGUAGCGUUUUAAAAGCAUUUUCAGAGAGACAUUGCUCAGUCACUGAUAAUAAGGAGAAUGUCUUUGACAUCCUCAUGCACAGUUUUGGUUCUUUCUCAGGGUGAGUGUCUUCAUCACAAAGAGCUGGCCGCGGUUGUUACAAAGUUGAUGCCUUUUCUUCAGCAUUUCUGUGCAGAAUGUCCUGACCAAGCUUCUACAGUUCUUCAGAAGAGAGUCUCAUUGUUCCAGUAAGUGUGUGGACUAUUUAAAACACACUUUGUGUUUUCUCAAAAUCUGUUUAUUUUAUUGCGAAGUGUUGAAUUUCCGUCUAUGUACACUCUAUCAACUAAAUGAGCGGAUUUCUUCGAAUAAAAAUCCUAAUAUAAAUUCCAAUUUUUGUGUUACUGUUGAAGGGACCUGUUACAAGAGUUCCCUGCCCUCCCCUCCCUUCAAAGUGUAGUGAGCGCCAUCUCACUUUCCUCGAGCCCGCACUCAGAUGACCCCUUGACCCACGUCAGCGUUACUCUAGGACCAUCAUCGGAAGGAGCUCCAUCAAGUACACAACUUAAGGUCCGGUCUGUUAUUACACCACCUGAGAGCAUCUCGUGGUCAUCAGCACAGCUCGCUCCUUUUGUACAGCGGCUUGCUCCUGGACAGCCUCUUGAUGGUAGAGUAGAUCUCUUGCAUUCAUCUUCAAACUUUUCCACAGUUGUCCAUUCGAGUGGUUGCAUAAAAAUGCUCUUUAUUAAGAAAAAUCCAGCUACUUGACUCGAGUUUGCCCUCGUUUCUUUCGUGCUGCAGAUGUGUUAAAGGUUCUUGGUGACUUGGAUGAAACGUCUAAAAGAAGAGUAGACAUUUUGGAUCAUUUUGUGGUGAGUUCCAGUCUUGUUAAAAGGGACAGGCAGUUUUCGAAAUCGAACUGUAGUUGCAUGACAAGCUUUAGAGUCGUUUUGGUCGUUUUCCCAGAACAAUGGCAUGGUUAAGAUUUAAUCGAUUUGCUUACGGUUUGAUUUCAAUGAAAAGGCAAUUUCCUUUUUUUAUCUUCUGUUUGUUUUCAGCCUCAUCUGGUUCGACUUCUCUCUGAUGCAACGAGUACCUGUCGGACCCAGGCGCACACUCUACUACUGCGGCACAUUCGGCAGAGCCCAGGGUAUGUUUCCUAAUCAGUUUCCUAUCCAGUUCUAAAGCGAAGGAAAGUGAACGGAAAACUGAGAGACUGUGACUGUUCAUACUAACAGCCUUUUCAAGGCAAUGUAUUGUUUUCCUUCUCCCGAUUUAAUAAGUGUACUUUACGUCAUUGCUUUCUCGCGCGUUCAUUUCAGUUAACUUGUCUUAUACUCCCAAGUGGAAUUAAGUUCUGAGAUAAUUUUCUGGCCAAAAAGCAUGAAAAAUGAAAUAGCGAGGGUCAAUCCUUGACAUUUUCAUUCGAUGUUCAGCGGACUAACCAUUUUCGCUCAUGUCUCUUCUGCAUCGGUGGAGCACGUCGGGUGUGGGUCCAAGAUUUUUAUGUCUCUGUUGAAGGCGGAAUUGCGAGUUUCGAUUACGCUUAUUGGAUCAGUGCCUCUUCUCCAAAUUUGUCCUUCGUCUUGUUUAAAGAGUCGGUUUCGACCGCCACGGAUUCGGCGUCUGUAGGACGGAAUGUAGAGAUCGAGCUUGUUCAUGAGGUUAUCGGAUUCCACCAUAUCAUAACCAACGAUAUUAUCAACCACCAACGUCGUCCUAUGUUUUUGACGCGCUUCCACGCUUGAAUUACUCGCAGGUAGAAGGAAGUGACUGCAGUUAUAACUUGUAUUAUACAAUCAAACUCAUUCAAGCUCAACCAUAUACUCUGCACGUGUUUUUCUGAUAGGACGGCUGUUAAGUUUGUAGAGACAUACAUGGAUUGUCUUAAUUCAACGGAGCCGGACGUGAUUUUGACGGCCUCAAAAUUCCUGCCCGAAUUUAUUGUCCUGUGUAACGGUAAGUACGGGAAAUCGCAUCAACGUUUUAAUUUAAGCCGGUUACCAGCGGUCUACCGUUGUCUGGCAAACUCUCGUGUUUGGGUUUCGCCUUUCGGCACAGCCACCCACUACAUUAACAGAAGCUGCUUUUGGAGAAAACGUUUUGAAUCCCCUUAAGGCGCUUGAUGUCUUAAAUGGUUGUAAACUUGCACGUUGCCGUUGGCGAGCAUUUCCUUCCAUUUCUUUGCUAUAUUCUUAACCCAGCUUAAGUUUUCAUGUUUCAUCACAUAAGACGAUGCGGAGUCUAUACAAAUUGUACCGCGAUUUCUAGAAACUUCUCGUCUUUACUUUUUUCGCUCUAAAAUUGGACAAGUUAUUGUUGUUCAGAAUACGUUAGAAAUCGUUUGGGUCCGAUUUUGGAUUUCUCCCAGUUUUUAAUUUUUGUUUUUUUUCAUUUAUCUUAGAACACUCCGACUCGUUACUUCAAAAGAUGUUUUCUCUAGCUGUUUAUGAAGCUCACGAUGUUGGAAUUCCCUUGUUAAAAAGUAUACAGCUGCUGAACUUACAUUAACGUGGCAUCUCCACCGCCAAACUGUGACUAAGAACAAUCUGUAAUUUUACAGUUUUUAGUCGUCACGCUGUUUUCCCAUUAAAGGACUUCUAUUGGCAAACCCUGAGAGUUGACCACUCCUGUGAUCUGUUAUUCUAAAGACUGAUCCUAUUGUAAAUUCUCCUUUUAAUUUCAACACAAUUACCUUUCAGAAAACUGGACUUGAGAAGUAAGAAAGUUAAGAUAAACAGAAAAUGUUGUCUCUAUUAUUGAACAAAUUCUCAAGACCAGCCAAGAAAUCAAUGUAUCGUUAUUAAUUGGAUGAAUUUGCAUUAGCAUCUUGAAAGUAAAAAAUGUUAUCGAUUAUGUAGCAGAGCAAUAUUAUUCCAGCUGGCCCCUUGCACUGAAACAGAGUUUUGACUGACGGAC